AUGGAUAUGCACUGCAAAGCAGACCCCUUCGCGAUGCACCCAGGGCACGGGGGUGUGAACCAGCUUGGGGGGGUGUUUGUGAACGGCCGGCCCCUGCCCGACGUGGUGAGGCAGCGCAUCGUGGAGCUCGCCCACCAAGGUGUGCGGCCCUGCGACAUCUCCCGGCAGCUGCGGGUCAGCCACGGCUGUGUCAGCAAAAUCCUGGGCAGGUACUACGAGACUGGCAGCAUCAAGCCUGGAGUGAUAGGCGGUUCCAAGCCCAAAGUGGCAACGCCCAAAGUGGUGGAUAAGAUUGCUGAAUACAAGCGACAGAACCCAACUAUGUUCGCCUGGGAAAUCCGCGACCGGCUGCUGGCCGAGGGCAUCUGCGACAAUGACACAGUGCCCAGCGUCUCUUCCAUCAACAGAGUUCUAAGAGGAAAAGGAAGAAGGCCCAUUGGAUCCAUCCAGGAACAGAGGAAGCCAGAGGACAUGACCGACAGCUCCUGGCAGCUUCUGGCAGCUCUUGGCAGCUCCUGGAAGGAGGAGAAAGGCUCCUCAGAGAAAGAAGGGGAAUAUGGGCUCCCCAUCCCUCCUUAUUUCCUCUGCUUCUCUCUGCCCCCAGCCUGGGGGCUUUGGCCUGCUAUCACAACUGCUUUCCUGAUGGCGUUUCCUCCUUAUUCUCAUCCAGUUCCCAGUACGGCCUCCCCUCCUGUUUCCAGCGCCUCCAAUGAUCCAGUGGGAUCCUACUCCAUCAACGGGAUCCUGGGGAUCCCUCGCUCCAAUGGCGAGAAGAGGAAACGUGAUGAAGAUGUGUCCGAGGGAUCAGUCCCCAAUGGAGACUCCCAGAGUGGCGUGGACAGUUUGCGGAAGCACUUGCGAGCUGACACCUUCACCCAGCAGCAGCUGGAAGCUUUGGAUCGGGUCUUUGAGCGUCCUUCCUACCCUGACGUCUUCCAGGCAUCAGAGCACAUCAAAUCAGAACAGGGGAACGAAUACUCCCUCCCAGCCCUGACCCCUGGGCUUGAUGAAGUCAAGUCGAGUCUAUCUGCAUCCACCAACCCCGAGCUGGGCAGCAACGUGUCAGGCACGCAGACAUACCCCGUGGUGACCGGUCGUGACAUGGCGAGCACCACUCUGCCUGGUUACCCCCCUCACGUGCCCCCCACUGGCCAGGAAGCUACCCCCACCUCCCACCCUGGCAGGAAUGUUCCUGGUAGGGUGACAAUGCUGUAGCUGCCCUAAUUUAUG